UGGAAAAUUGCUAAAGCAAAUUCUGGAGAAAAGAAAUGGCAUUUGACCCAAAAAAAAAGAAGAAGGGUACAAUGGCAGAGAGAAUAGGGUCAUGAGAAUCUAACUCCCAAACUUAGCAAUGCUUAGGUACCUUCCUUAAUUACUUCUCUUUACACUCUUUCUCUCCUUUUAUCUCUACACCCCCCAAAUUUUAAUUGCACAUUUUUUAGUAAACCCCUCCUUGUUCGCUCAUAAUAGAGUCGUUUUGUUUUUAACUUCCCUUUCUCAAACACCACUACUCCCUCUCCUUUUUUGAGAGAACCCAAAUCAUAGGAAACCAAAACACACUUAUAAUCCGUUUGAUUGAUCUUAUAUUGGUUUCCAUUUUUAUUUCUGAUUUUGUAAACCCACCAAGUUUUUUUCAUGAGAUGGAUGAGUCGUAACUGAUCUCUGCUUCUUCACAAGUUGGGUGUUUAAUCAUGGGAUCCCAGACACCAUCAUCAUCAUCAUCAAUACCAUCAUCAGAAAAAUCGAGAGCUAAAUUCAGUCUCUUUUAUAUAUUCCUACUCUGCGUUGUCCUCUAUGUGUUGGCCACUUCCAUACCCCCUUCUUCACUUUCUUCUCCAUAUAUUAGGAACUCUAAUUCUGGGAAAUUAGGGCACUUCUAUGCACAGGUUCGUAAGCUUUUUUACCCUUUACUUUCUUGCAGUCCUCCAACAGUCAGCGAUUGUGACGGCAUGUUGAGAUGGAGAGCAGCAGAGAUGCCAUGUACUCCUGAAAAGAAUCUCAGCCGUUCGAUUCGCUUCAGCACACGAGGACAAGUACAGUAAUCGACUUUGGUCCGUUCACCACAUAUGGGUCCCUGCCUUGCGUUUGAGGAGGAAGGCAAGAGUACACUUGUGAUAAAGAAGAUGAGGAUCGGUGACUGGACCAAAGAGGCGGAGCUACGGAGGAUUUUAAAGGGAUUGGGGUCAUCUCCGCCACGGUGCACCUCCAAGUGUGGAAGAUGCACGCCGUGCAAGCCUGUGCACGUCCCGGUAUCUUCGGGCACUCCUGUCACCGCUGAAUACUACCCUGAAGCUUGGAGAUGCAAAUGCGGCAACAAGUUGUACAUGCCAUGAUCUUUUAUAAACGAAUAUAUACUCAUAUAUAUAUAUACACGUUAUAUAUAUGAUUUUAUAUGCAGGUUGAUGAUCAUAUGUAAUGUCUCUACUCAAAUAUUUAUUAUAUCUUAAACAUGCUUCGAGGACAAACCCAACGUGAAGCUUUAAUGA